GACUUUAGUUUAUUUUUUUUGCAAUAAGCAACGUUAGUACAUUGACCUAACAUGGUUAUGUAAUCUUACGCUAUUAAUUAACUCUAUACUCUAUAAGGUGGGUAUUCGCAAACAUUAUUUAUAUUAAGUACUGGUUACGUGUACUACUUAAGUUAAGUAAGGUAUAUAGAGUUUACGUGUGCAUCUUUAUAUCUACAUACCUACCUUUUAAACUGCAUAAAGUAGUGUCUUUUUAUAUUAUAUUUUUUUCAUUUACAUCCGCACUCAUUCCAGCUUUGACAUGCAAACACACCGCAAACGGCUUCUCCACCACCGAAGAAAACCAAGGGGAAAAAAAGAAAUGAUACUAGAUACGCUAUAUACGCUACGUGAAGUGCAAACCUUGCUGCAUUGGUAUAACCACUACCCAGAUCCAGAUUAGGUUAUGAGACAAGUCCCCCUAAGCUCAAGACUACGUGUGUGCACUGACCUCGUUCCUGAGCCUCAAUGCAAUGACCGAUCUUCACCGUUUGACUUCACGUCUCCAUUCCAAGACUGCUGCCGUUGCGACUUGACUGUUGAAAGCUCUGGGUUCGGUCUGACAACGUUGAAAGCAAACUAAUCUUUGGCCGCUGGGUUAGGUAAGGGAGGAUCGCUCGGGACUUAUAUAUAUAUCUCUCUCUAUAUACCUAAGGUAUAAUAUAUAUAAACGCCAAGAAAAGGGAAGGAGAAAGAGAAAUCUGAUAGCUAUGGGCGAACCUAAAUUUUACCUCUUUGGCGGGUAUAAGCUAUGGAACGAGCACGCCUGGUGCCCAUCCGACGACCAGGUCCGCGGUGGCGAGAGCCAUAGCCUCUUUGUAUGCUCUGCUGAUUCGACCGUGGCCACGUUCAGCGGGGAAUUGGAUAUCACUGCCCUUGGAGGCGCCGGUUUUGCCUCGCAGCGGACUAUCGACCCCCAGUCUUGGGACCUGCUCGACUACCAGGGGCUGAGCGUCGGCGUAGCCAAGAGCGACGGGAAGAAGUACACGCUUGUUCUCAAGGACGAUAUACCGUCUCAUCGCGAGGAUGGCAGGGAGGAGAGUACUGUCAGCUGGGAGUACGACUUUGUGCCCGGCGACGAGUCAGAAGUGACAGCCUCCUGGGACGACUUUAAGCCCACGUAUCGAGGACAGCCGAAACCGGAUGCUGCCCCUUUGCGUUUGGAUCAUAUCAAACGGAUAAGCAUUAUGAUGCGAAGCUUCUUUGGCGAACAGGAAGGUCCCUUCAGGCUUGAUCUCAACUAUAUCGCAGCUAUUAGUGCCGAGGCAAACCCGGAGGCUAAUUGAGGCAUGACCUCUACUUUGGAGUUUGAAUUACGAAGAGCGAAGCCAGGUGAGAGGUUGGUUUAGUGUACUGCUCACCUCAGGGGGUCUAGGUAGAUAUCCAGAUAAAAUAACGAUGCAUGCUAACCUACCUGAGAAAUAUGAUGAGUCGGUCUGUGUUGACGUGGAACCGUUCCUUGAGCAUUGUUAAUAUGAAACAUAACCCCUAAUGGUUAGGUACAUCUCUGGGACCCCAGUGGGAAUCACUUCUUCGAGUCCUUCACGAUGGUUAAGGUGCUUAGUCUAAGCCAGAUCCAGGCGCACAAUAAGCCAGAUCAUUGUUCGUCUUGGAAUUAUUGUCCAGUCUAGAAGACCCUUUCCUUAGACCAUACUUAGUCAUGAACGAGCAGCAGGAAACAAAGUCCCACCAAUCCAAAACCACGAGUGAGUGUGGUCAACUGAUGUUUAUGCUAUUAUUCAUCGUGAGUUUUAAACCCUAGUAAGCCGAACCCCAUUGUGCGCUCGCUGGAAGAACGGUGUCGAGUUCCGUCCCGUGGAUACGCAUAUUAACGGCAUAUACUUGAACAGUUAUAGCUGCAGAAUUCCCUACC